AUGUAAAACGAAGAGAAUAUCAGACCGGCGGCUGCAAUGCAGAAGAAUACAGUGAAAAUCCCCAUUUCUAAAAUAGAACCCUAAACAGAUACGCCGUGCCGAAUUCGCGGUUGAACUCGACAGAAGCAACCGUAGCGUCGUGCCUUCGUUUAACUCAAUCAGGAAUCACCAUCUCUACAGACUUACAUGCCCACUCCUCCACAAGCAUCAGUCGGGAAAAAAUUAACUUAUUUCCUAAGGGAAGUUCUUGAGGUUGAUGAAUAAAUGUAUUUCUCAGUGGAAGAAACUUGAAUGUGGAAAAGUAUCGAAUCCGACUGCUUGGAACUUGCAGGAAACUAUGAAGCAAAAUGUGCUUGGAUGAAUCUUGAGUUCAUGAAUUUGUGCAUAUAUUGUGAGAUUUUUAGUUCAAAAGAUUGAUUCUUCUUUAGGCGUUGGGUGAUAAUGGAAGAGUCUCAGAAAAGAAGGGAAAGGCUGAAGGCAAUGCGAAUUGAAGGUACUGAUACAACAGUUGCAAACACUGAUAGAUCAUUGGCAUCUGGUGGCCUUGCAAACCCUCUUGUUGAAGGAGAAAGCACUUCUGUUCCAACUCAAUAUUUUUCUCCAAGAUUUGAUUAUUACACUGACCCUAUGGCAGCAUUCUCUGGAAGUAGGAGAGAUAACAUCACUCCUCAGGUCUCACACGGGCGCUCCUCAGGACCUGCCCAUCAACAUAUGCCUCCUGGACCUACUUAUCGAAGUACGGCUCCAAACCAAUCAUAUCAAACUCCAGGUGUCAACUAUCCUGAUCAAAGAGGUGGACCACAAGGUAAUCCUCCAACUGCCUGGGGUGGACCGAUGGAGUUCGCAGGUAGACCACAAGGUAAUCCUCCAAAUGUCCGGGGUGGACCGAUGGAAUCUGCAGGUAGACCACAAGGCAAUCCUCCAAAUGCCUGGCGUGGACCGAUGGAAUUUGCAGGUAGACCACGAGGUAAUCCUCCAAAUGCGUGGGGUGGACCUAUGGAAUUUGCAGGUCGACCACAAGGUACUCCUCCAAAUGCCCGGGGUGGACCAGGCAUCACCCUUAACUAUGCAAGCCCACCAAACACUUCAAGAGGUGGUCAUUUCAGCAAUCCUAGCUUUGGGCCGGAGGAUCAUCCUUAUUAUGGUAGAGGCAGAAGUCAGAACUACUACAGUAGUCCCCAUGCAUCAGGGCGUGGAGGCAGCAGGCAUCCCGAGUCUGGUAGAGGCAGGGGUCGAUCAUUUGGUAAUAGCGCAACUCCAGGUUCAAGAAUGAUUGGCGGGAGAGGAGGGUCACGUGAAUCAGUUUCAGCUGAAGUGCGACCAGAUUUGUAUUACAUCAAGGAAAUGGUAGAAGAUCCAUGGAAGAUGUUGGAUCCUGUUAAAAGAAAGGAUACUCUUGCCCCAGAGAAUAAGUCCUGGCUGCCUAAAUCCAUCACUAUGAAAAAAGCUAAAGUUUCUAGUGAAGUUCCAGAGACAUCAAUUUCUCAGCAAAGCCUAGCUCAAUACCUGGCUUCCUCAUUCGGUGACUCAACUGACGAGCCUGUUCACAGCGAGCCGAGUACAUGAAGGGUUGGCCAUUUGGAGCAGAGUCCUAAAGUAAUUGGUAAUAAGCCCUUAAUUCUGCCUAUCAGUUUACAACUAAAUUCCUCGGAAACAAACAGAUAAAUAUGUAACCAUCAGAUCUGAUGUUUUUUGGAUUCAAUUUUUAUUUUUAUUUUUUUGUAAUUUUAGUUAGUUGUUGAAUCUUUGAUGUCUGAUUUUGAUGAGAGAAUCAUUUUGUAGUGGUAUCCAAAUUUAGCUUGAAAUCAAUGAUAUGAUGCAAGAAAAUCAAACUUCUCUUUACAUUCUA